UGCUGUGCCACGUGCCCGCGCACGGACGCGCACGGGGUCUAUCCAUAAAUAGACGAGCGAGCACGAGCGAAGUUCACUUGUCAACAAACCUGCAGCGGAUCUGUAAGAUCUGAGCUUCUGGAAACCCACGAUGGAGUCUCUGGAGUCUCUGGAUCCCGGAGACGUCCCGCGUCCCGAGAAGAGACGCAGCCGGAGAACAUGCGUGAUUCUAGGCGUCGUGGCCGGCGUCCUGCUGCUGUGCGUCACCGUGGCUGUGGUUAUGGUGACAGUUCCUCACAAACCAGAGCGACUCGAAGCAACUUUCAUCAGCAGGUGUGAGCUGUUCCAAGGGUACGACUGCCAGAAGUUAUGGUCUGCAUUCCAACAAGCCUACGUGGGCAAGGACCCCUGUAAGGUUCCCAUGGAAUCCUACGAUCCUCUCAUUGCCGCAGCCCCCUUCAAACCAGCAUGCAACAGAAUGAUGUUCUGGAGCAAAACAAAAGACCUGGUCCAGGAGUUCACUGAGAAGCGCGGAUGUUUCCUCACCCUGGAGGAGACGGUUCUGGGAUUUGUCCUGGACGGUCUGACUUGGUGCGGGAAGGAGGGCAGCAGCGAAACCUUCACGAGCGGCUGCCCCGGUUGGGGGGAAUGCGAGAACAACCCGGUCGGCUCCUUCUGGAAAAGAGCCUCGGCUGCUUUUGCAGAUGUUGCCUGUGGUGACGUCAGCGCGGUGCUAAACGGAUCCAUCGAGACGCCGUUCAGCCCCAAGAGUAUCUUUGGCAGCAUCGAACUCAAGAUGUUUAACUCCACCAAAGUGAGAAGCCUGAACAUUGUUCUUGUCUCACAGGAGAACGCCGUGUCGAACUGCACGAAUGCAUCCUUUAAGGAUUUACAGAGAGAGCUGGAUGCGGGAAUUAAAUACAACUGCAAAGAAAUGGCUGAAUCUAAAUUCAAUGAGUGCAGCCCUGAUCCAGAGAAACCGUGCGGCCCCUGCUGGUGAAAAUGUCCAAUGACAAGAGAAAACAAAAACCUGCUGUAAAUCUACAGUUUGUCAAAAUGUGCCUUUUAAAUGUAUUUAGUAUGUGAAAUUGUGUGUUUAACAUAAAAUGUCAUCAAUAGAUUUUUAAACUAUGACAAAACAUAUUUUAUAUUAUAUAUUCUGAUAUAUACUUAUACUGAAAAGAUUCAAGGUGUGAUGAGGAGUUUUUAUAGCCAGUUUAAACGACUUGUCAUCGAGGGUAAAGUACCACUGCUGAAUGGUAAAUUAAUGUUUUAUAUAAUGCUUCUCUUGUGAUUGAUAACCACAAGCUGCUCCGUCCUCUUUAUCUUUAACUUACAAUCUCAGGUGCUAUCGUCAUUUCCUGUAACUUUUUUAUAGUAAAACCCAUCAGAGGGAUGAUGCACAGCCUGUGCUCGCACUGUAUUUACCCCGAUCAGCUAACGUUUUUUUAUUACUGUUAUUAAUCCAAAACACGUUUUCUAGAAACUUGGGGGAGGAUGAGUCAAGUAAAAAUUCAGAUUUUUCUUCUAUCUAAAUGUGAAAUGGGUAAUUUUGUGUAAUUUUCACCAAUUUCCAAUGGAAUAAUUAAA